GUGAAGCAGGUCGGACUAAACAGAGACAAAAAGAAAACCUGCAUGUUCCCCGAGGUUCGCAAAGUAAAGGCGAGCGGAGCUGCCCGCGCUCUCUGCGGUGUCCGCCGCCGUCUGUAGCGGCAUGGGGACAGGAGUGGGCGCUCCAUCUGCACACGUCGACGCGCCGGUUUAACCGCGGACAGUUAAUUGCCACCGGGAGACAAUUAAGCAGCGGGCGAGGAGCGAGGACGGUGUUCGCUGUCAACUUCAAAGGAGCUCCCGUGUGCCCGAGCGGCCGGUGGAUGUUGCGCCAUGGAGACGAAGACAAGACUUCGAGCCACGAUGAUGUUACUGUGGAUGUUUCAAGGUGACACCAAGGAGGUGGAGAUCCCCAGAGGAGAGAUGGAGGUGGUCAAGGGCCAGAUGGUGGUGUUACAUGCCUGGUACAGCCCCAACUCAGACAUUUCCAAAAACUCUGUCAUUUGGCACUUCACGGGAAAAGAAAUCAAGCAGGUAAUAAACUUUAGCAACGGUAAAGUCGGGCGCGGUCAGAACGAGUUCACCAAAAGAGUGGGCUUCAGUGCGGCCAUGCCCUCAGCCAACCUCUCCAUCUACAUCAACAACACCCAGGAGUCGGACUCUGGGCGCUACUUAUGCUCUGUCAUCAUCCCUGGCAGUGCUGGCAUUUCUGGACAUAUGCACUUAAAUGUCAAAGUCCCUCCUUCUCCCCCAGUGUGCACCAUGACAGGAAACCCAGUGGUGAAGGGCAAUGUGACUCUGAGUUGUAUGUCCAGUCAUGGAAAACCCAUCCCUCACUACAAAUGGACCAAGGCUGCACCCAUGACUGAGGUCUUCUUCGCCCCAAUGCAGAAUGAGCGACACGGCACCCUGAGGCUGAGCAACCUCACUAAAAGCAUGUCGGGGAAGUACAUAUGCCGAGCCAGCAACACCGCCGGCUCCGACAGCUGCUCCAUUAACCUGGAGGUUAUCACCUCUUCCAAUGCAGGCAUGAUUGCAGCAGCUACACUGGGGUCGAUAGUGGGACUGGUGGCCAUGGGGCUCUUCCUCAUAUUCAUACUGAGGAGGAGAAGGGACACUGAGGAGGAGAUGGCCAAUGAGAUCAAGGAGGAUGCUCAGGCGCCAAAGCGAGUGUCAUGGGCAAAAAGUAACACCGGCUCCGACAUCAUAUCCAAAAACGACACGCUGUCCUCCAUCGCCACCAGUCCGCGACCGCGAGACCCCCUCCAGCCAAACUUCCACUACCCAUACUCCCCCACAUCGGCUUCGGAUACCGGCUCAGUGAUUAACGCCUACCAGCUGCGACCCGGAGAAGCCGGCACGCUACAGGGGCUUCCCGGUUACAACGUGGGAGGCACCCCGUCACGCAAACACAAGCGACCCCCCAGCACAAACGGGGCCCCUCCGCAGCUUCAGAGGAGCCCCGUGGUCGCCAUCCCCAACAGGACUGAGGCUCAGCCUCAGGUGCCACCUCCACUCACUGUGUCCCCACAAAUCAGCUGCUCCACUCUGACGCGCAUGGGGGCUGUAGCUGUCAUGGUGCCUGCUCAGAGCCAAGCGGGCUCCCUGGUGUAGGCCUGGGGAAGGACAGUGGUUACGGACGGAGGGAGCGAGCAAACAAACGUAUGCCUUGAAAUGGAAAGCACCUUCUCCACCAGCGCCUGAGAGGUUGUGAGAGAAGACGACGUCUCGCAGGUCCCUUCAGUUUCUUUUUGGAAGAAAUAUAUUUUUAUUCCCACUCUUUUACAGAGAUUUUAAAAAUGAUAUCCAAUAACUUUAUGAUUUUUAGGCUAUAUACAAAAAACUGACCAUGAGAGAGUUGUUUAAACUGAAUACAGUGUGUCUGGAUACUGUAAGUAGUGUGUUAAGAGUUUGUGCAGUUCUUGCUAAACAUAAUGCUUUGGACAUUUGUAUAACAACUAAACUAAAUAUAUACAAUUUUAUAAAUCCAUUUGUAUGAAUCACUCUUCAGUCACUUCUCUCAGGCAAAUCGCACUCGUUAAAAAUCACAGUUCAGGUAUUUCAACUUUUAUUUUAUCGCUUUCUUUGAUCCACUUCUGUUCAUGUACAGGUUGUUUUAUUUAAACUACGGUAACAAUGUCAGUGUGGUUGCGUGACAUUGAUGUCUGCUGAGAGAAUAUUUAUGGAGUAUAUUGCCUGUUAUGGUAGUUGGAUUGUAACCGAUAGUGUUGAAGUUAAUGGUUUCUUACUAUUUUGUUCAAAGGUGCUUGGUAAAACAUGAUAUAAUUACUGUAAACAUUUGAGGUCAUUAUUCGAUGGGAUAAUAUUUGACCAACCCUCUUGCUGAUGGUCUUUUUUGUUUUCUUGAAAGUAUACUAAACUCUGGAAAUAAUGUGUUGGUGAGUUAUUGA